CAGAGAGUUGCAGGAAAGAGAAGGAAUUUGCAUAGGCGGACAAAUGGGGCGUUUUGGAAGGAAGGUAGUAUCCUUGGGUUGCCAACCUCCUGGUGGUAGCUGGGGAUCUCCUGGAAUGACAACUGGCCUCCACCCAACAGAGAUCAGUUCCCCUGGAGAAAAUGGCUGCUCUGGAGGGGUGAAAGAUCAGCGGAGUCAUGAUUCUCCGAGUGGGGUUGUGUAUCGGCCUCACAACUGAGAUGGUGCAACUGUUGAAGGACAAUGGCAUCAGAACAGUGCUGGAUCUCGUGUCAUCAGACCUGGAGACGAUUGCCCGAAAAUGUUCUUUAUCCUACAAGGCCUUGGUUGCCAUACGGCGUGUGCUGCUGGCUCAGUUUUCUUCCUUCCCCGUCAACGGUGCUGAUCUCUAUGAAGAGCUCAAGAGCUCCACCGCCAUCUUGUCUACGGGGAGCAAAAGUUUAGACAAGCUUCUGGAUGCUGGCUUGUACACCGGGGAGGUGACGGAGCUUACAGGAGCACCUGGGAGUGGUAAAACUCAGGUGUGCCUCCACAUAGCGGCAAAUAUCUCUGAAAGCCUUAAGCAGCGUGUCCUCUAUAUUGACUCCACCGGGGGGUUCACAGCCACUCGCUUGCUGCAGUUGCUCCAACGCAGGACGGAGAAUGAGGAAGAACAGGUGGAAGCCCUCCAGAGGAUUCAGGUUGUGCGUGUCUUUGAUGCCUACAAGGUGCUGGAUGUCUUGCAUGAGUUUCGGAGCACCGUGGCUCAGGAGGUUGUAAGUGCAUCUGCGCCGGUGAAGAUGGUAGUGGUAGAUUCUGUCUCUGCUGUGAUUUACCCUCUCUUGGGAAGCCGGCAGCCUGAUGGCAUGGCCUUCAUGAUGCAUGUGGCUCGGGAGCUGAAGACACUGGCCAAGGAGCUUGGAGUGGCCGUUGUGGUGACCAAUCACGUGACUCGAGAUGCCAGCUGCGGGCAAGUCAAACCAGCACUGGGUCGCUCCUGGAGUUUUGUGCCUAGUACCCGCGUGCUGUUAGAGAACAACAAAGAAUCUUGUGGGGAAACCAGCAACCGUCGAAUUGCGUCCUUAACAAAAUCCCCCCGGCAGCCAGUUGGCAUUCAGGUGGAGCUGGACUUUGAGAGCUGGGAACCAGCGGAAGACGCUUGCUGACAUCUGGAGAAGGACCGCAAUGGAAGAUGCUCACAGGUGUGGUUCUUGAGCCUACUUGGAAGCUGGCUCUCUUGCCUCUCCAGAAGCAGGGGUUGCAUAUCCCAAAGUGGAAAGGAUGGGCCAAAUGAUUAGAAGAAAGGAAAAGGAGGACAGUUUCCUGGUUGUGUCUCUGUGCCUUGGCAGCCCUCCCUUUCUCCAAUUGCAAAAUGGCUGUAAUUAAACCAGUAUAAGCUGCAGCGUGGUGGUUCAAUAGGUGGCAGCCUGCAGCCAAAAUGAGAUGCCGGUUAUCUCCAUUUAGGCAAGCAAAAGUGUCCAUCUGUUUUUUUUUUUUAAACGGUCUGGAAGCAUAACAGAAGACAUCAUACUGGGAAAUCGUCUGGAUCUGUCAGGCAUAUUAGCUGAAUUCCGAAUACUUUUCAGAUCACUUUUAGGUAACUUCUCACAAACAGUAGAUGAAUUGGUAAACUGGUAUUUAUGUUCCAUUGCUUUGGCUUGCAAGUGGAGGAAUCUCAUGACUGAAUGCUUUUCUGUUUUAAAGAAAAACAAUCUGUACAGAGUAGUUUACUAUGUUAGUGGCUAGGUCAAAGACCAUUUUUUCUGCUGGUUUCCAGUAUGCAGGGAAUGUAUUUGUAUGAAGGAGUGUUGCACCAUUUAUUUAUAUUACUUCAUUUAUACCCCACCUUUUCUUUCUAAUGGGGUCCCAAAGUGGCUGACAUCGUUACCUGUCUUCCAUUUUAUCCUGGCAACAAUCCUGCGAGGUAGGCUAGACCAUGUGUGUCAGCCUAUGCUUCCAUAGCAGAGGGUGGUGGUGGAUUUGAAUCUGAACUAUAACCACCCUGGGUUUCAGUGCCUACCUGCAGUCUGAAGUGGUUCAGUCCAGGCACAGGGUUACCAGCUUUUCUGACAAGCACAUACCCAGUAGAGUGUGGACUAGAUAUCAGGCACCUUCCUUGGCUUUUUACAAAGUUUCUGUCCUCAAGGUUAUCAUUUAAAAGGGGAGCUGGAAUCUGCAGGGAAGCACUGGGUUACUGGAGUUCAAUGAAAACAGUUUUCCUGUGCAAAAGUCCGUGUGUGGAAGAAUGAGUCGUUUGGUAAACCGAUUAGAGGGUGUUAAUCUCAGUGGAGCAAAGCCAAGUUUGAAAGGCUGCUGAAAUGGCUGGUUCUGUGUUAUGGGUAUGCAGAUAUGACUUGUGGGUUUCAACACAAAACCAAAUAGAAUAGUGCCUUUAAUAUUAGGGACAUGUUCCUGGAUUGAGAUUUGGGAAGGCUUCUACAGGAGGGGGAGAGGGGUUCCUGCAAUAUAGUGAGCUGCCUUGGAGAUAUGUAACAUGGAAAUAUUUUAAGUGUUUCCAUUCAGCGCGAGGUUUACAAGAUGAGCUUGAGUCAGUCCUUCUCUCUCACCUUAAUCUACCUUGCAGGGUGGUUGUGAGAAUGACACAAAGGAGAUUGAUGGAUGCCACACAGAUCCCUGAAGGGUGGGAUAACAUAAUGCAGAACCCGAGCAAAUGUGAACUUUAUGAAACUCUUUCUUAAGAUGGAUGUUGCCUCACAUCCAAGGGAUUAAGAACGUGGGGAAGUUGUUUUUGAGUGUGGAUGUGAUAAGCCCAUAAACUCAAAAUGGUCGCUGUGAGGAGAUGGUGAUCUCUAGGUUCUUCACAGAAGUUCAUACAUCCGGUUGGCCUCCCAACAGCUUUUCCACACAAUGGGAAGAGAAGAAUGAAUAUUUGGCUGGUUAUGGAGGAUGGACAAAGGUAUCUCCCCCUCAAACCAUCAUCUUUUCUGGUUGUAGGGAAUGGGCUGUUUUCUACUGGAUUAUUUCUGCCCUAAUUAUAGCAUUUCUGUGGCCUUGCAGUUUACUGUAUUUUUUGUUUGUACUGGAUAUAUCUAUUUAUAUCUUAAUGUUUGUAAAAUCUUACAUUAUUGGGACUUAUGGAUGUAUAUCUUUUGUAUCUCCUCUAUGUUUUUAUGUUCUUCAGUAAAAUUUUAGGGCAAGGGAUCCCUGAUCGGCUUUCAAUAAAAAGAUACGCAAAUAUAGUGUGAUAUUUGUUGUUAAUCGUUUUUUUAAAAGUAGUAUAUGAUGAUUUUACAG